GGCACGGGAGUGGGUAUCCGCUACGCUGCACGAAGAAGAAAGUUUGAGGAAAGAUGCACGAAGAGGAGGAUGGCGGCGAGUCGAGCUCCGGCCCAGCUCCUCGGCUUGAAGCAUCCACCAAAGCGGCCGGCGACGGAGUCCACGGGGAGGCGCCGAAGGAGCAGACGUCCAAGCUGUGUGGCUUCUUGAGCAAACUGUCCGGCAAGGGGCCCCUGAGAGGGUACAAGCCACGGUGGUUCGUGUACGAUCCCAGGAAAUGUUAUCUGUAUUACUUCAAGAGUCCCCAGGACGCUUUGCCUCUGGGGCACAUCGAGAUUGGCGAUUCGUGCUUCAGCUACGACGUGGAGGCCGAAGAGGGACACUUUGAGAUCAGCACGGCCGGGAAGGAGUUUCUGCUCAAGGCCUCCAGCAAGCAGGUGAUGCACUUCUGGCUGCAGCAGCUCCAACAGAAGCGCUGGGAGUUCAGCAACUCACGAGGACAGAGGAACAGCUGGAGCUCGCCCACGUUGGCCAACCCUAUCGGUGGGCUUGUUGCCAAAGACAACGAUGCAUUCCUUUUUGAGAAGCUCAGUGACAGCAUGGAGAAGGUCCGCAGUGACUUUGCCAUGGAGUCUGAGAAGGAAGGCGGUGGAACGGUUGGAAUCCAGUCAGCCAGAGGGAUUGCUACUUCCACAAAUACCCUUAAUUUUUCACUCAAGAACUUUGGUGCAGAGCUCAGGAACUCCAUGUACUAUCUGCGACCGGGUAAGGGAGGUGAGAGCAGACGCAGUGUGUUUUACACUGGCAGCAACAGUAGUGCAGACGAGUGGGAGCUGGUGGACGCUCCACCCAAAGACUUCCCCGAACACAAACAUCAUCCAGACGCUCACAGACAUUCCUUUGGAUCAGCUUUUGAUUUUGUUCGCAACUCGUCGAAGCCCAAGAGGCCUCUGCUCCGAGACAUGAUGGGCUCUGGGAAGUUUGGCCGCAAUGCCGAAACCCGCAGCGCCGAGAGCUCCCCUGUAGAGUUGAAUGGCAAAUCUUUGGAAAUGCAACUUCACCUCCAAAGCCAGCAGGAGGACGUGUGUCGCAUGCAACAGGAACAAGCCAAACUCAAGGAGGAGCUGGCCAGUCAGAAGGAGCUGGUGAGACUUUUGCAGCAGACCUUGAGAACAUCCCAGUGUGAUCGCCAGCCACCACAUCAUCUAGUCCCACCUCCAGAUCAAUCAUCCACAGAGUUCAAUCAGACUCACCAUGCAGCGGUAAGCCCGGAGGAGGUUGCGCGUUUAGAGGCCCAGGUUCAGGAAAGAGAUGGACAGAUCCAGUCCCUGUGUGGCCACAUGGAGCGUCUGGCCUUGGAGAAGGAAAGCCUCCAGCAAGAGCUAAGGGGUCUGAAAAUCAAGGUUGGGGAGAUAAACGACCAGUUGGGCAUGCUGAUGGAGACCAUCCAGGCCAAAGAUGAAGCUAUCAUCAAGCUGUCACAGCAGAGCUCCGAGCUGAGCGGGACUCAAAAUGAUGGUUCACCGCCUCCCGGGAAAGAGCAGCAGGAACUGGACAUCCUCAAGGACAGUCUUCAAGGCUAUAAAAGCCAAAACAAGUUCCUAAACAAAGAGAUCCUGGAGCUGACAGUGUUGCGCAGAAAUGCUGAAAGUCGUGAGAAAGGAUUAGAAGCAAAGUACACAGCGUUGGAGGCCAAGCUGUGUCAGGUGGAGAGUAAGUAUCUGGUGCUGCUUCAGGAGGUGAAGAACCCGGUGUGCUCGUCUUCGGAGCAGAGUCCUGCCCGGGAAGUCAUCUCCAGAUUGUUGGAGGAUGCUCUACAGUUGGAGAGCCCCGAACAGGAGGAGCACACCGUCUUUAGACCAAACACUGUCAGCGAGUACGAUGUGUACGGCUUCAAGACGUUGCCCGAGGAGGAGGAAGAAGAGGAGCGCCUGGUCGCCAAAGUGAGAGCCUUGGAGCUCAAGUCCCUCUCCAUGACGGCGCAGGAGGUGUCCGUCGGCGUCAAGUGGGAGAACUAUCUGGCCGGCACCAUGAACCGGAGCUUGGUGCGUUCCCCCGAGCUCAAGGCGCUGAUCCGCUGCGGUAUUCCCCACGAGCAUCGCUCCCGGUUGUGGCGCUGGUGCGUCUCCGUCCACGUCAAGAAGUUCCGGGAUCAUCUGGCGGCCGACUACUAUGAGACUUUACUCAACGUGGCCCGUGACAAGCCCAACCCUGCGUUGAAGCAGAUUGAGCUGGAUUUACUGCGUACUUUGCCCAACAACAAGCACUACUCUUCUCCCAGUGCGAUCGGCAUCCAGAAGCUCAGGAAUGUUCUGGUGGCGUUCUCCUGGAGGAAUCCUGACAUCGGAUACUGCCAGGGACUAAACAGGCUGGCAGCUAUUGCCUUGCUCUAUCUGGACCAGGAAGAUGCCUUUUGGAGCCUCAUAGCCAUUGUGGAGGUGUUCAUGCCAAGAGAUUAUUACACCAAGACUCUGCUUGGCUCGCAGGUGGACCAGCGCGUGUUCAAGGACCUGAUGAGCGAGAAGCUGCCACGACUCCAUGCCCACUUUGAGCAGCACAAGGUAGACUUCUCCCUCAUCACCUUCAACUGGUUCCUGGUGGUGUUUGUGGACAGCGUGGUCAGCGACAUCCUCUUCAAGAUCUGGGACGCCUUCCUCUACGAAGGGCCUAAGAUCAUGUUUCGCUUCGCUCUUGCACUCUUCAAAUGCAAAGAGGAGGAGUUCUUAAAGUUGCAGGAUUCCACCACUAUCUUCAAAUAUCUCAGAUAUUUCACUCGCACAAUCCUUGAUUCUCGGAAACUAAUGAACAUCGCUUUUGUGGACAUGAACCCAUUCCCGAUGAGGCAAAUCCAGAACCGGCGCGCCUUCCACCUGGAGAAGGUCCGCCUGGAGCUGACUGAGCUGGAGGCCAUCAGGCAGACCUUCCUCCGGGAGAGGGAGACGUCUCAGGACAGACGCAGCUUCGUCAGCGACGACGACGAGGAGAACUAAACUCCAGCUGGUCAGACUUGGCACGCAACAAGAAUGUUCUUUGAUACAGAGUUUGCUUUGUAUUGCAGCUGGACCAAUCAACUUGUGGACCAAAAUAUCACAGACUUUCAGUAUUCCUGCCCUUUUUUUCUUUUUCUUUUCUUUUCUUGUUUUGUGUUGCUUGUGUGUUUAUACAAUACAACUUGUCUGAAGCUUGCUGUCCAAAUCAGUAUUUCCUCAAUUGUGGCUGUGACAUUUUAUAUGUACAGGUGAACCUCAAUUAAUAAAAAUAUUUUGGAAAGUU